UGGCAAUCUCAGAACUGCACGCCACCUGGAGCUGCUAAUCUUGCUGUUCCAAGAUGGACGUUCUUUCCUUCGUGUACUGAUCGUGCAGGGUUGACACGAUGGGUGCGUACAAGUACAUGCAAGAGUUGUACCGCAAAAAGCAGAGCGAUGUGCUUCGUUUUUUGCUUCGAGUCAGGUGCUGGCAGUAUCGCCAGCUGACGAAACUCCAUCGGGCACCCCGGCCCUCACGUCCUGACAAGGCACGUCGUUUAGGGUACAAAGCUAAACAAGGUUUUGUUAUAUUCAGAAUUCGUGUACGUCGUGGUGGACGCAAACGUCCUGUUCCCAAGGGUGCAACCUACGGUAAACCCAAGAGCCAUGGUGUCAACCAACUGAAACCCACCAGGAAGCUCCAAUCCGUGGCUGAGGAACGCGUUGGCAGACGCUGCGGUGGCCUGAGAGUCCUCAACAGCUACUGGGUAGCCCAGGACUCGUCCUACAAAUACUUCGAGGUCAUCCUCGUCGAUCCUGCCCACAAGGCUAUUCGCAAUGAUCCCAAAGUAAACUGGAUUUGUAAUGCUGUACACAAACACCGUGAGCUACGUGGUAAAACUUCAUCAGGUAGAAGCUCUCGAGGAUUGGGCAAGGGUCACCGUUUCUCACAGACAAUUGGUGGCUCACGCAAAGCUGCGUGGCUCAGGAGGAAUUCUCUGUCACUCCGAAGAAAACGAUAAAAAGUUAUCAAUCGCUUGUCAUAAAACAAAAAUAAAAAUCGUUUUUCUAAACGCCAA